CAGAAAAACUUGCAAAACCGCAAAUAACAUCUAUUAUAUUUUUUAUUAUCAUCUGCACUUAGGAACCAAUAAUUAAUGGCGAUAUAUUCGCUAUAAACCGAUUAGUCUUUAAAAUUUUAGAAAGAACACAUUAUUUAUGCGUGCCCUUCUGUUAUUUUUUUUCAUGGUUAUGCGUGUUUACUGUUUAUACACGUCUACAGAGUCCACUAGUAGUAAAUGUGUAGUACACUGUUGUUAUAAUAUUAGUUAUCAAAAUGUUGUGAAUAAUAUUAAACGUCGUUGUUGUUACCUAUAUAUUAUUUUGUAUUACAAAUUCAUUGUUAAAUGUUCGCUCGGUCCGUUCAGUUCGCUGCGAUUAUUUUUAUUUGAUUAAAGGUGAUGGUGAUGGCCAUGAAUGUUACGCACGGCCAUUAUUGGUUAACGUGUUUAUGUUUAAUUUUCGGUAAGUAGGUACGAUAAUUGUCAAUGCUUAAUAGUUAAUACCUAUGUGAUGUAAUUUAAUUUUCAAAUAUUUUCUUAACUAUGUCAAAUAAAUUGUACACCCAUCUACCUAUACAAAUAUUACCAAGGUAUAGUAUUGCAGUCAUGGACUUCAGAUGUUCGCCUAAAAUUAUAGUAAUGUACCUAUAAACGUUAAUGUAGGUGCUGAAUAAAGUUAUAUUAUAUAUUAUAAAAAAUCAAUUAUUUUAGGUGCGAGCAUUUCGGGAGCUAGAAAAUUGGAAAAACGACAAAUCGAAUCGCUAUGUUCAGUGUUGGUAACUGUAUAAUAUUGUGUAUUUUGAUUUUAUAAUAUUAUAAUUAAUACAUUUAGUAUAUUUUAACAAAAAAUAGAUAUAUUUUAUUAAUUUAUAUUAAUGAAAAAAAAUAAAAUUGCAUAGAAACACUAUAUAAAUGCCUAUCCAAAUUCGAGCUAAUGCUAAACGGGCAGCAUAACAAAAUUGCUUAAGAUAUAAAGUGUGGCGUUUAGGUUGAAAUUCGAGCUUAUCUGAAUACAAAUUAUACAAGAAGGAUAUAGAGCACCUCUUGGACCCAUUUUCUAAAAUAUUGCCUAACAAGAAAGUAACCUACAUGAGUAUAUGAUUAUUAAGCUAUGUUAGUUAUUACAAUUUUUUGUAGUUACAACUUUUUUGUUUGACAAUAUUUUAGAAAAAGUAAGUAGGUGUCCAUAUUUAUUAUUGCUAAUUUUGUAUUGUAUGGAUAUUUCUUUUGAUACCUAGAUAUCUAUUUUAUUAAACGUAUUAAUAUUGUUUAAUUACAGAGAAGAUCCGUUUUAUUGUGCAAAUGGGCGGUGUAUAGAUUCGUUAUUGAUUUGCGACGGACACGCUGACUGUUUGGAUGCUUCGGACGAGACUCGACAUUUGUGUUUUAAACUGUUUAAAAAGUGAUUAUAGGUGUGCCUACUUUAAUCAUUUUUAGGACAUAACAUUUAUUUAUAAUUCAUAGUUGUCCGAAUUAUGCGUUUCACUGUAGCUAUGGCGCUUGUGUGCAUUUAACUGCGAAAUGUAAUGGUAUAAACGACUGUGUUGAUGGUUCUGAUGAAAACUUACUGGAAUGUAAAGCAAACGUUCAAAAUACAUCUAAAUGCAAGUAA